AUGGGACAAACUGUGACAACCCCUUUGUCUUUGACCACAGACCAUUGGACUGACGUUAGGGCAAGAGGACGGAAUUUAUCUGUAAAAGUUAAGAGAGGACCUUGGCAGGCCUUCUGCUUCUCAGAAUGGCCCACAUUUGGGGUGGGCUGGCCACCCAUAGGGACUUUUGACUUGCCUAACAUUAGGGCCGUAAAGGUCAUUGUUUUUCAAGAAGGACUGGGAUCACAUCCUGACCAGCAGCCGUACAUGACGGUGUGGGAAGAUUUGGCACUAUCCCCACCUCAGUGGGUCCAGCCCUUCCUCCCUCCUCGCCACCCUGGCCCUAGGAUUCUGGCCUUCCGGAAAGGCGAUGCGGAUGAGAAACCGAAACUGCAGCCUGCAGAAGGACUCGGACGAGGUUCUUCACCAGCCCCCAUUCCUAAGAUUUACCCCGAGAUAGAGGAGCCCCCUGAGUGGCCCACUUCCCCACCCCCACCAUAUCUCCAAGCUCCCCCACCAGAACCCGAGCCCUCAGCCCUGCUGGCCCCUUUACUGGCUCCAGGGGAAGGGAGGGGAGGCCCCUCGACUGGGACAAGAAGCCGACGAGGAGCUGCCCCAGAUUCCAUGGCAGCCCUUCCCCUUAGGGCGGUUGGGCUGCCCCCAGAUCCAGAUGAUCUGACAGGUCUACAACUUCUGCAGUAUUGGCCAUUUUCUUCCUCUGAUCUCUAUAACUGGAAAGUUAAUCACCCUCCUUUUUCAGAAAAUCCUGCAGGGCUCACGAGCUUGAUCAAGUCCCUGAUGUUCUCGCAUCAGCCUACCUGGGAUGAUUGCCAACAGCUUUUGCCGACUUUGUUCACCACUGGAGAAAGAAUUCUCCUUGAGGCUCAGAAGAAUGUCCAAGACUCAGCUGGGUGUCCCAUCCAGACCCUGGCUGAAAUAGAUGAAGGAUUCCCCCUGACACGUCCCAGAUAGGACUACAACACAGCACAAGGUAAGGAAGGGCUGUCCAAUUACGGUCGGGCUCUAGUGGCGGGUCUCAGGGGCGCUGCACGCAGGCCCACUAAUUUGGCUAAGGUAAGAGAGGUCAUGCAAGGGGCAACUGAGCCUCCUUCGGUCUUUUUGGAAAGACUCAUGGAAGCUUACUGGAGGUACACUCCUUUUGACCCCAUGUCUGAAGGACAGAGGGCCUCCGUGAUUAUGGCCUUUAUCGGGCAGUCGGCCCCUAACAUUAGGAAGAAAUUGCAGCGAAUUGAGGGAUUACAAGAUUAUACUAUAAGGGAUAUGGUGAGGGAGGCUGAGAGAGUGUAUCACAAGAGAGAGACUGAAGAAGAGAGACAGGAGAGAGAGAAGAGAGAAAAGAGAGAGGAUGAGGACAGAAGGGAUAAGAAACAGGAGAAGACUUUGACCAGAAUACUGGCUACAGUGGUAGACAAGGAUAAGAGAGAUAGGAUUAGACAGAAAGGUGACCUGGGUGACAGAACACAACUGGAAAGAAACCAAUGUGCAUAUUGUAAAGGCAGAGGGCACUGGGCUCGGGAAUGUCCCAAGAAGAGACAAGGGGAAAAGGUGCUGGCCCUAGAGGAUGACGAAGAUUAGGGGAGACAGGGCUCGGCCCCCCUCCCCGAGCCUAGGGUAACGUUGCAAGUGGAGGGGACCCCCGUGAGUUUCCAGGUCGACACGGGAGCGGAAUACUCAGUGCUCAAGGCUCCUCUAGGAAAGAUAAAAAAUGAAAAACCUCUAGUGAUUGGGACAACAGGACAGAGGUGCUAUCCCUGGACUACUUCUCACACGGUGGACCUAGGGAGAAACUUAGUAACUCAUUCGUUUUUGGUUAUCCCAGAGUGUCCUACGCCCUUGUUAGGAAGGAACUUAUUAACCAAGUUAAAAGCACAAAUAACUUUCGCCCCAUCGGGUCCAGAACUAUCAUGGGGAACUGCACCACCCCAAACUCUAGGAUUGUCUUUACACCUAGGAGAAGAGUAUCGGAUUUGCCAAAAGAAAACAUUGCCUUUGGAAGAGUUGCAAGAAUGGCUGGAGCCGGUUUCCCCAAACAUGGGUAGAGACAGGGGAGAUGGGAUGGCGAGACAAGUCCCCCUGUCGAUCAAGCUCAAAUCUGGAGCCACUCCCAUUAGAAUCAGACAGUAUCCCAUGGGGAAGGAAGACUACACCCCAACAGCCAGCCCGUGUUUGCUUUUUGAAUGGCACAACCCUGAGAAUGGAAGAACCAGACAGCUGACAUGGACCAGGUUGCCACAAGGAUUCAAGAAUUCGCCCAUGCUGUUUGACGAGGCCUUACACCGAGAUUUGGCCCCCUUUCGAGCCAAUAAUCCACACAUAACUCUUUUACAGUAUGUAGAUGAUCUUCUUCUGGCCGCUGGAACACGCAAGGAAUGUAAAUGUGGGACUCAAGGCCUCCUGGCUGAGCUGGGUGAGUUGGGGUAUCGGGUUUCAGCACAGAAAGCACAGCUGUGCCGCACUGAAGUGACCUAUUUGGGUUACACCUUAAAGAAUGGACAACGCUGGUUCACUGAGGCCAGGAAACAGACUGUGAUACAAAUCCCAACCCCAACCACUCCUCUCCAGGUAAGAGAAUUCUUGGGAACGGUAGGGUUCUGCAGGCUUUGGAUUCCUAGAUUCGCUACCCUGGCAGCCCCUCUAUACCCCUUAACUAAAGAGAAAAGAGAAUUCAUUUGGACUAAGGAACAUCAAUUAGCUUUUGAGACUCUAAAAAAGGCACUGCUACAGGCUCUGGUCCUGGCACUACCUGACCUUAAGAAACCUUUCACCUUAUACAUAGAUGAGAGAAAUGGAGUGGCGAGAGGAGUCCUCACUCAAACCCUAGGACCUUGGAGACACCCCGUAGCUUACCUAUCAAAGAAACUGGAUCCUGUGGCCAGCAGAUGGCCCUCCUGUCUCCGAGCAAUAGCAGCCACCGCUGUUUUGGUAAAAGACGCUGACAAACUAACUAUGGGACAGAAUGUGACUAUAGUGGCACCCCAUGCCCUUGAGAGUGUUGUUCGACAGCCACCAGACCGGUGGAUGACCAACGCACGGAUGACUCAUUACCAGAGCCUGCUACUGACUGAGCGGGUAACUUUUGCCCCUUCCGCCAUCCUUAACCCCACUACCUUACUACCUGAAGCUGACGAAGCCCGAGUACAUCGCUGUGAGGAGAUAACUGGCAGAAGAAACUGGAACUUGACCAGAUUUGACUGA